ACACGAAGCGGGCGGCCGAGCAAACCCCCCCGGGACUAACCAAGAAGUGGACUACUACGGAGUACAAAGUACUGUACUAUACUAUACUGUACUGGUAGUAACUACGCAGUGCCACGCCUCCUCUUCACCCUGGUCGUGUUUCCGCUCUUCCAGCCGGUGGACGGAUUGUUUCCCUGGCCUGGCCUGGCCCUGCUUCGACUUGCCUCUCUCUCUCUCUCUCUUCAUCCCCGCGUCUUUGAAAGACCGCACAUCACUCCUUGUCACCACCCGCCGCCGGCCGUGCCGACUCAUUCCGAUCCUUUCUCAUCUCAAGAUUGCCAUUGUUCUCUGCCUUUGAUACACAACUUCAGACGAACCUGUGCCAUCUUGGAAAACACACGCCCUUUUACGACAACCGCCGAAAGCUAGCACCUCAAAUCCUUUUGCACCGUUGACGUCCCUGAGACAUAUUCGCAGCAACACACUCAUCAACGAUAUAAGCUCGCGCCUCUUUACACACGCCAUGUACACCAAAAACCUCGUCGCCCUCGCGGCCGUUGCCGGCCUCGCCGAGCAGGCCCUGGCCUUCAACUCGCACCGCCACCUGCACCGUGCCGCCGACGCCGCCGCCGCCGACAAGCGCGACAUGGUGACGCACUGGGUCACCGUCUACGAGACCGCCUUUGUCACCGAGGGCGGCAAGCAGGACUCCAAGCCCGCGGCCACCAACUACGUCGUCAACAACGCUCCCCCCGCGCCUUCGCCAGCGCCGCAGAAGGCCGCGCCGCCUCCUCCGCCGCCUGCUGCGCCGACAACGCUCCUCACGUCGGCCAAGCCCGUCGUCAACGCCCAGGUCAGCCACCCGCCGCCGCCGCCGCCUCCGGUCAAGGAGCAGGUUGCACCGACCCCCGCCGCUGCUAGCCCCUCCAAGGCGGCGGCGCCGUCUGCCGGUGGCAACGGCGGUAGCUCCAAGAGCAGCCUGACCAGCAAGCGCGGCAUCGCGUACAACGACCCGGGCAUGGCCAACAUCUUUGGCGGCACGUGCAAGGCGUGCUCGUGGGCGUACAACUGGGGCUCCAACCCGGGCUCCCUCAACAAGAACCUCAACUUCAUCCCCACGCUGUGGGGAGACCGUCCCGCCUUCACCGCCAACUGGGACGCCGACGCCGAAAAGGCCAUUGCCAACGGCGCCAAGGCCCUCUUCAGCUUCAACGAGUGCGACAACGGCGGCCAGGCCAACAUGCCGCCCACCACCGCCGCCGCCGCCCACGCCAAGUACAUGAGCAAGUACGCCGGCCGCGUGCCCAUCGGCGCCCCCUCCAUCACCAACAGCGGCAACCCCCACGAGGGCGUCGAGUGGCUCAAGGAGUUCAUGGCCGCUUGCGACGGCAGCAGCAAGUGCCCCGUCGACUUCUGCAACGUCCACUGGUACUCGCCCGCCGAGUACGCCGACACCCUCUUCACCCACCUCGAGGCCGCCCACAAGGCCUGCGGCGGCAGGCCCCUCUGGCUCACCGAGUUUGCGCCCACCGCCGGCGACGAAGGCAGCUUCCUCAAGAAGGUCAUCCCCAAGCUCGAGUCCCUUGACUACCUCCACGGCUACUCGUACUUCAUGGUCGCCAACGAUAAGCUCAUGUCGAGCGCCACCAGCCUGAGCUCUCCCGGCCAGGUCUACGCCGCUGUCUAAAGUAAAGAACAUGGGAGGACCGGAAUUGCGUUUUGUUCUUUCCCGGGCCCCAGUUCUUCUUUCACCCCCCUUCUUCACUUCUUGUACACUCGUUAUGGGAGAGAGACAUAUAUACUCUCCCGCCGGCCUUUUUUUGGGUUUUCCUUUUCAUGAUGGGUUUAUGGGAUCAAUGACACGCAUGGGAUGCUUCUGGGAAUCAAGACAGAUAAAAUUGGGCUCAGAGCACAGGGGGCGUCAAUCAAAACUGUUUCAUGAGU